CAAGCUUUGCCACGCCGUCAUGUGUGGACUUCUAAUUUGCUGACGAGCGACUCUGUUCUCCUCUCUUCACUUGCAUGAGCCGACGAAACACACGCUCUCUCUCUCUCACACACACCGUAUGCAUUGGGGACGGGAAAGAGCUCAAAUAACCGCCGAGGACUAUGAUUUCUGACGGGACUUGGUUCGAUUUAUCUCUGUAAACCUCGGUGUUUGAUUCUGGGAGUCUAGGUGGUGGUGUCCAUGGGUCCCGUCAUGCCCCCCAGUAAGAAGCCUGAGGUGUCUGGCAUCAGUGUAGCCAGCGCCAGCAUGUCCCACCUCUACCAGACCGGCUCGCUGUCCCGCGCCCUGCAGGAGGCUGAGGAACUUGACCUGGUCCUCCCUGUCCACCUGGCCCUCCCCUUGGCACCCCUCCCAGGUGGGGCCGCCAAACCAGAGAAAGGCACCGCCACCCCGGGUAUGGAGGACGAGGAGUUGACCAACCUCAACUGGCUCCACGAGAGCAAGAACCUGCUCAACAGCUUCGGAGACCCCGUGCUGCGCAGCGUCAGCCCCGUGGGCGGCGAGGGGGGCGGUACCCGCAACGGGGACCAUGACGACACCCCGCCGUCGCCGUCGAUGGUGGGCGGGGACCUUCCAUACGACGCCCAGCGUAACCCCAACUGUAAGCCGCCCUAUUCAUUCAGCUGUCUGAUUUUCAUGGCGAUUGAGGACGCGCCGUCCAAGAGGCUACCCGUGAAGGAGAUAUACAACUGGAUCCUGGAACACUUCCCCUACUUCGCUAACGCUCCCACAGGCUGGAAGAACUCUGUCAGGCACAACCUGUCCCUCAAUAAGUGCUUCAAGAAGGUGGACAAGGACAGGAGCCAGAGCAUUGGGAAGGGGUCCUUGUGGUGUGUAGACCCUGAGUACAGGCAGAAUUUGAUUCAGGCGUUGAAGAAGACACCUUACCACCCUCACGCUCAGGUCUUCUCUACUCCCCCCACCUCUCCUCAGGCAUAUCAGAGCAUGUCCAGUCCUCCUAUAUGGCCAGGGAGUCCCUUCUUCCGAAAAAAUGGAGGGGUCCUUCUGCAAGUCCCUCAGGGAGUGAUCCGGAACGGUGCCAGUAUGAUGAGUCAGGGCCUUUACCCAGGAAUACGACCACUGCCCAUCAAUCCCUUAGAGAGCAGGACAGCCGCAGUCAGAUCUGUGCUGUCCGGAGGCUGUCGGAAGCAUAGCAUCAGCCAUCCCGCCUGCGACUCCCCGUUGGUCAGCAGCGACCCCAAGGAGGACCACACCUACAGCACCAACCAAUCGGAUGACGGCAGCGACUACACCAGCGACUCCAGUCUCCGCAGCAAUGGCCCCGUCGCCCGAGAUGUCGCCAACGAUUCAGACUUCGACGACGAGGAUGAUGAAGAUGACAAGAGCAAGAUUCAGCUGGAGAUCAAGAAAGAAGAGCCACGGGAUUGGCCCAUAGACACGAUAGACUCCGCCCUUUCCAGCCAGCAGCACAACAAGAAGCGGCAUCACUUCCUGAAAGCCAAGCAGCGGAUGGGUGUGGCUAGUGAUACGCUCCCGCUGAAAAAGCGGCGCACGGAAAAGCCGCCAGAGAGCGACGACGAGGAGAUGAAGGAGGCGGCGGGUUCGCUGCUCCACCUGGCGGGCGUCCGCGCCUGCUUGAACAAUAUCACUAACAGAACCGCCAAGGGCCAGAAAGAGCAGAAAGAACCCACGAAAAACUGACCCAUGAGACUUGAGAGAGAAAGAGAGACUGAGAGAGUGAAGAUUUUCAAAGAAAAAAAAAGGAGAGCGAGAGAGAACGGAAAUACAAAACAUCACUUUUAAUAUAGAAAUGUGUGCUUUCUUUUUUUCAGGAUAUCAGGUGAAUUCUGAAUGAUUUGUGGCAAUAUAAAAAACAAUCACUUUGUUUUCCUGUAUUUAAAGUUACUGUUUAUAGGGUUGAUUUUCUUUAUUUUCUUUACGUUUUUUAAAAUUAUUUUUUAUUUGUUUAAAGGAGAUUAAAGCCAUAGAUGAACCUUUUUCUGAUAUUCAGCUAAGUUCGCAGGUUUCCGUUGGCUGAAAGUAAAGUGAGCGAGAGAAAAAAAAUAGCUUUUUGAAAAACUGCCCCAUCGUGGAUUGGCUUGGAUGUAUGAAUAGGGGAUCACCUUGUUAAUGUCAAAAUGUACCCAAUCUGCAGCUAUUGCCCUUUACAGUCUCAUCAGAUGCAGCUAACACUAAGUACAGUUCUACAGACUCAUAACUUGUUACUUCAGUAGAAUUUACAGGUAAAACGUUAUUAUGAGGUGCUUAUCACGGACUAUUUUGUUUUUACAGUGAUAUACAGUGAUAUACAUCAUUCAAAUGAAAUAAAGUUAGUAUUCAGGGUCAGAUCUGCAUUGAUGUCUAUGGGCUGCAUAUUUCAGUUAGGAUGUGACCAUAUACAUAAAUGUCAUAAUAACCAAGCACAAAUCCACAUGCUAUACUGGCUAAAGCAAUGUUUAUAUUAGUCAACUAUUCCACUGAAGUAACACAGGUAUAUGCUGACAUGGAUAGGAGUGCCACAGAUAAACAUAGUUUGGCAAACUAUCCCCUGUGUUGGGUACCAAACUUUCAAAAACAAUGGCAUUCUAAUUUGCCUUGGAACUUCCGGUGCUACAAAGGCGGCUAUAUAAAAAAAUAUAUAUAUAAAACCCAGUUUGCCAACUCUGUCUUGUCUGUGUGCAAGGAAGCUGCCACAGAAAAAAUGUUCCAGGAAAUUCCGGGGAAGUUGUUAGCUUUAGUGACUAUUAGCGUAGCCAUCCCCAUAGAAGAGACACUCAUCAGUAGCGUAGCCAACCCCAUAGAAGAGACACUCAUCAGUAGCGUAGCCAACCCCAUAGAAGAGACACUCAUCAGUAGCGUAGCCAACCCCAUAGAAGAGACACUCAUCAGUAGCGUAGCCAACCCCAUAGAAGAGACACUCAUCAGUAGCGUAGCCAACCCCAUAGAAGAGACACUCAUCAGUAGUGUAGCCAACCCCAUAGAAGAGACACUCAUCAGUAGCGUAGCCAACCCCAUAGAAGAGACACUCAUCAGUAGCGUAGCCAACCCCAUAGAAGAGACACUCAUCAGUAGCGUAGCCAACCCCAUAGAAGAGACACUCAUCAGUAGCAUAGCCAACCCCAUAGAAGAGACACUCAUCAGUAGCGUAGCCAACCCCAUAGAAGAGACACUCAUCAGUAGCGUAGCCAAGCUCAUAGAAGAGUCAGUUUAUGUGUGUCAGUGUUGGGACAGUGUCAAAGAGAAACUCUUGGUCAGCCCAGUGAUGAUGGUAGCACUUCCUUAGCUAACUGUCCUUCUGACCGCUAAUCACAUUUAGCCACCAGCGCUAGCUAGCGUGCCAAUGCAGAGGGGAGAGUUAGGUUUUCACCUUAAUGGUUGACUGUAGGAUUGUAGUGGGAUGAAGGACACUGGUACAAGUUAGAUGUAGGAAAGGCUUCGUUUUUUUGACAGGGUGUUCUCUAAAUGUAAACUAAUUUAGUUCGCUAAAAGCCAUAAGCUAAUAGUCUAGCAAGCGCUUAUCGGAGAGGGAAAUAACUGAUAAUAUGUCAAGAUAACCUCAAAACUGCCUGUGUCCUUUUAUGAAAGCAAUCAACGUGAAUCAUUGAGUUAUAAUCCAGUGACAUGAUGUAGUGAUAUUUUUCCUGUGGCACUAACACCUGAAUACCUUCAUUGGUUGGAAAGGAAAUGAUGCUAUGGAACCUGCCAAUUAUAUUUUGUGUGAGAAGAAUAAUGAUAUGACUGUGGAGUUGUUAAUUUUUGUGUUUGUUUUUUUUGUUUGUGUUUACUUACCCACUCUCAUGACGUAAUAAAGCAAUUUCAUCCAGUCAGGAUAACACUGUAUAAAAAGUUAAACUAGAUUUUUUUUUUUUUUUUUGAAGCAAUGUAGCCAGCAGGAUUUUUCCAAAUCGUGUUGCAUGGGUUCUGUAAAGAAAAAGAGAAAAAACUGUUUUCUAUUCAGACAAAGUUCAUGUUAGGUAAAUAAUGUAUUUAGCAUGAAGCAUGAAUUAUUUUCAUAUAAGUAUCCUAGCGAACAAAAAGGUUCUGCCUCGAAGUUCUGCGCCCGGAGGUGUGGAAUCCUUCUCGGUUGUCUUGUCCUCUUCUUUUUGACUUGAUGAUUUGUUUCCUGUCGUCCUUACUCAUCUUUGUUUUAACGUGGGCUUUAGAAAAAAAAUACAGUAAUAACAUCUUGUUCGGGGACAAAAAGACGGUCUGUGGGGCAAGUCUCUUUCUGCAAUAUGAGGAUAACUCGCUCCAACCGUGGACACAGGGAUAGAUAGCAACUCCCUUCAUCCAUAGUUGACAAAACCAGAAUGUCCCAGUAUUUGUAUGUAGUCGCUAGAUGGCCACGCUAGAAAAGACAACCUUUUAAAAACUUCUUGGCAUGAAGAUCAGUUAUUUGUGGACUGAAAGCACCAAACUUUCAGCGUACCUCUGUCCUCUCCAGCAUGGCCGUAUAGUGACCACUGUGUCUGAUGGGUUCACCCUGACGGCUGAAUGUUGGAGCCCAUGUGAUAAAAGAGAGUUUAGGUAGUGAGUGUCAGUCUUCUGUUCCCCAUACCCCCCCCCCCCCCCCCCCCCUCUUCUCUGUGCCUGUUCUUCCAUCACUGCUUUCUUUUCUAAGGUUUUAGACGUCUUUGAUAUUUCAGGGUCUUCCAUUUUUUCAAUGACACAAGUGUUUUUUAUGUCGUUGUUGUUUUGGGUUUAUUUCAUGUCUCUCGCUGUGUUUUUGCCAUUUCUACUCAAGCAACUCUUCAGGUCUUGUUGUCAGUAUUAUUAGGCAGGCUACCAUAGGCUCGUUGCGCAUGAAAGUAACACAAAGUAAAUGACACAGUACGAUGGCAAGGUAAAUACGAACUCUACAGUGCAUAUUUUCACAUUAUCUCGCCAGAUUGCACUAAGAUAUUAAAAUAAAGAUAUUGUCUAAGUUCAGUGCCAAAGCCUGUAAUAAUUCCUUAUCUUCCUGAAAUAGAUGACACACAUAUUUGAUCUGUAUGUCAAGACAAAAAAAAGACGAGUGAGCUGUAGCAUUUCUGUCAGAUACCCUUUCUGCGUUAUGUGCUACUGAUUUUUGUUGAAACCUACCACAUUACUUGGAGUUUUGCUACCGAUCAUUGCUCAUUGGGAUGAUUUUCAUUUUUAGUUGAAUAUAACACCCUAUAUCUCAUAGUGCACUACUCUUGACCAGAGCUAACCCAGAGCUAACUAACUGAAUGUGGCUCUGGUCAAAAGUAGAGUGCUAUAUGGGAAAUAAGGUAUCAUUUGAAAGAGCCCUUAUUUGCCCUGGAUUAAGAUGAGGUGAUGAGCUUCUGUCUACUAGACUGCUUCUUGUGUCAAUGUAUCUUCAACUGAUAAAUAUAUUAUAUGAUUUAUUCCCAUUGUUUGUUACGUUACCCUUUGAGGAACACUGCCUUCCUUGGACGAUAACAGUCACUCGAUAACUCUUCCUCCAAUCACAAUCCUUCAGGUGCCACAAUGUUGGAGGAGGAAGACGUGUUCUCAAAAUAUUGAAUAUGAAUUAUUAUCAAUGAACUGUCAAAAUUAGCCUGGCAAAUAAUGAUAUAUUGAUGAGUAAAAAAAAAAGUGUUUAUUUGUUUCAUUGUGUUUUUUGUUGAUAUUUUGUUUGGUUUAUGUCUGUUCAACUGCCAUUUUUCAGUUUAUUGUUUGGAGGGGUUUUCUGAGGAGGAGGAGAAGAAAGAGCAAUGGAUCGUCAGUUUCAAGUUAUUUGUAGUACACUUCACCUGGUAAUCAUGGAAACUGCAUGGUACCUUAUGGCACUUAUGGCACAAAUUCCAAUAGAAUCGGCUACUAUUUGGUCUCAAAGGAUCCGUAGUUGUGCUAAUCGCUGAAACGACUGUCAGCAAUUUCGUUACACCACUGUUAUUGGUAACAAAGAAACAAAAUACCAAAAAGUCACCAUGUAGUUUCUAUGUAAAUAACAGGUAGGUGGUGUUCUGUAAAAACAUGCUACCGAUCAUUUCUGUGUCCUGUUUUUGAACCAUGUAGUCUUGAUGGCAUGACCUUACAGCUGAUCUGUUAAUAUGGAGACCGACCUCCGUAGGUGCGUUCUGUAUUUCCUUGACGUGUAUUCAUAUUGCCAAAGACAAACUACUUCAUCAAUUCAUGUAAAUAUCACCUUGUCCAUUACUAUGACGAAAGUAUGUUUGUUUAAAAAAAAAAAUGGUUUUGUUUUUCCGAAGAAAACAAAAAGCUAACAUAAAGUUUCUGUGUUGUAUUGUCUUCCAGCUGCAAUAAAAGAAAACCGCAUUGCAAAAAGUUA